UGAGGGGAAGGGUUUCGAAGUUCAGCGCAGUACAUCAACUUUUUCGUCGUUCUUUCAGCUGUUUUUUCAUCGAUGUAGGUGACUUCCUUUGGUGUACGACUUAAAUAGUCCUUUGUUGGUGUAAAGAUGGCAGAAGACGAGGUGAAAAAGACCGGAGGGCAAGUUGAUGAACUCUGUCUGGCCCUCAUUGACGCAGCCAAUGAUAAGCAGCAGGAGGUGCGGCAAAUGAUCAUGACAUCUCUUCAUGAACUCGGAAAGAAACAGCCUGAAAUGGUUUUGAGUGCUAUAAAGGGAUAUCUUAUAAAACAUCAGAAGCUCAGUCAAGGUCACAGAGUAGUACUCCUGAAGUCAGCGUCAAAGAUUAUUCACAACACACUGAGUACACUUUCAUUGGGUUUGGGAAAACAAAUGAUCAAGUUGACGUCAGCAGAAAUGACAAAGACCAAGGAUGUGGAGCCUGAUUGGCAAUCAGCAGCCUCCGAGGUGUUGGUUGCUCUGGGUGGAAGGUUUGAUCAUGAGGUUAUGGCAGAACUUCUGGAAAAGCUGGCUCCAGGAACACUCCCUCACUACUUUGUUGUGCAGACACUAGCAUCCUUUUCCACUUCUAAUCCCUUUGGUGUGGUGCCGUUUCUCAAGGACAUCCUUGGACGAAUGUUGCCCAUGAUGGGAAUGGCUAAACAAGACAAUUUAAGAUGGGUUAUAGCUAACUGUCUUGCGAGAUUUUGUGAGAGUAUUGUUGACUAUGUGGCAAAUGCAGAGAAUGCACCAUACCCAGACAUCUCAGCAGAGAGAUUCUAUGGUGAAAUCUCCUCAGCUUAUGACAUUCUGUUCACUGUAUGGAUCAAAGCAAAUGAACCCAAGAUUCGACUUGCAGUGGUGGAUGCCAUUGGUCACAUGACACUCGUCAUGGCAAAUGAUAAGCUUGAGGAGCAGUUACCAAAAUUACUUCCUGGGAUUACAGGGUUGUACAAGAAACAUACAGAGCACUACCUCAUAACGCAGGGUCUCUGUAUGGUCUUAGAAGCCUCUUGUAAGAAUGGUGGUGGAAUAAUUUUUAAUUUAGUGGACAAUUUGUUGGUGGGAUUGCUCACUAUGGCAUGCACUUUGCCAGAUUAUUCCAAUCCAGUCUCAGUGAAGAAUCAUAAUGAGGUUUUGAGAUGUUUUUCAGUGUUGACUCCUACCUUCUCUGACCGUGUCAUUGCAUUCUUGCUGCAAAAGUUGGAGAUGAACAGUGAAAAGACUCGAAUUGCAUCUCUGGCAAUUAUCAAGCACCUGAUCAAUUCCUCUGGCUCAUAUUUGGAGAAUAAGGAAGAAUUGAUCAUCUCAGGAGUACAGAUCCUUUUUAAUGACCCAAAUUUGAAGGUCCGACACAUGUUUGCCCAGUGCAUCACAGCCAUGGCUCAUCAUCAGUACCUAGAGCUUGAGGGUGGCCACAAACUGGUUGAAUUUAUAGUCAGACAGUGUGCUGUUAGUGAUGAGGAGAAAUCAAGAAGACCAACUGACAUGGAUUCCAUAACCCCUCAAGCAUUGCAGAAAAUGUGUGAAAACAUUCUUUUUCUACUUACAACAACUGUGGAUGUCAUGGAGCCGGUGCUCUGGCCUUAUUUACUGGAGUGUCUUGUUCCUGAACCUUUCACUCAUGCCAUGAAUCCUCUUUGUCGCUGUAUUUGCCACUUGGCCACCAAGAAACGAGAAGAGCAGGCAGAGAACUUUGCUAUAAACUUUGAUGCAAAAACCAACAUACCACGACCAGUUGCUAUAAUUUCACGUCUACUGGUAAUGUCAGGCUGUCCACUGCCUGGUUGUGGUCGAGGAGAAAAUGUCUUAAAGCUUCUGAAGGCCCUUUCACCAAUUCUGCAACCAAGCGUAGUUGAAAUGUGGGAUACGGUGAUUCCUAAACUAAUGCAAUAUCUAGAAGAAAAUUCGGAAGACAAAGAAAAAUGGAAACAAAAAGCUUGGGAGGACUUAGUUCUUAAAUUUGUUUCCAAAAGUGUUGAUGAGGUGGAUUCGGAGGAAUGGUUGUGUUCACUUGGAGCAGAAAUGGCAGCUCAAAUACCAUUGUACUCCUACUUUCCAGAGGAGAAGAAUUUCCUUUUCAAGUGCAUGGGUGUUGUUCUGAACAAAAUAGCGAACAAAGACUUCGUUCACACCCAUCUUAACAUCAUGUUUAAUUCAGUGAAGCAUGCAAGUCAAGUGGAAAGGGAGGGCUGUGCAAUAGGUAUUGGAUUUUCUGCUGGGACCAAUCUUGAUCAAGUACUAGUAAAACUAGAGCAGGUUUCCAAGAAUGAGAUGACUAAGAAAUCCUCAGGAAUCUUGAGUUUCAUGAAGGAUAAAUCAGAUUCUGAAACAGAGAAGAUCAAGAGUACAGUGAUGUUGUGUUAUGGUUACACUGUUUUGUAUGCUCCACCAGCAUUGAUAACUUCUAGACUAGAGACAAGUAUUUUUCGUGUCAUCAGUCGACACUACGGAAAUGUCAAGGACGUACAUGUUAAACAGAAUCUUAUUCGUGCAACUGAGCUCAUUGGUAAAGCACUAGAACCCAGUCGACUGCAGCAGCCAGAGUUUAUCUUCACUAAACGAAAGGAACUUAUUGAUCACAUGCUGGCUUACAUGAAGGCAGAACCAGCUAACGUCGUCACAACAGAAACUAGAGCCCUAGCGAUGGACGCGUGCACGAGUCUUGCAAAACUAAAUCCCAGGUUCACAGAUGCUGAAGUAUUUGACAUGGUUAAAACAAGUACUGACUGUGUGUUUGCAGUCCACGGAGGAGAUCGAGCAACGUUCCCUUCUGGAAAACAUCACAAGGAAGACAUCGACCAGGACAAAGAUACCAGCACUUUACUGAAGCAGGCAAUAGAAAGUUUACAAAUGUUCUUGAAGGGAAUACUUCUUCAAGAUCCUGUACCACCCACAUUCGAAAAUAUUUUAAAGCACAUUCAAGAUCCUUGGCUAUUGUCAACAUCCGAUGUGGAACGAGAGCGGGCGGUGGACACGAUUCUAACACUGUUGGAAACAUUCCGCGACAACAUGUUACUGACCGUGGGAGGGAAACCAACGUCGUUUAUGAUGGCUGGUCCGUUAUUGGCUCGCCUCAUUCCCCGAUGUACAGACCCGGUUAUAAUCAUCCGACAAACGGCAGUGGACUGUGUACAAUGUGUUCUGAAAAUAGCCGCACGAUUUGAAGGCUAUUCGCUGGAAAGUAAAGACGAGCUAGUUGAUGCGUUACCGACGCUUAAGCAACGAGCAGCUGAAAAUGACGCUAACAUCCUGUUUAGUGUGGCAAAUGACUUGUCCAAGGUUGUGGCUAAGAAGCUUCAAAGUGAGCUUUUGUCACCGUUCGUCCUUACUCUGUUGGAAGGUUUAACAGACACUCAGUCUCACAGCGCCAGUGGUUCGUGCGUCGUACUCAACAGCAUUGUCAGAAUAAGAGGGCAGGAAAUAAGAAAAGAUGUUGGUACUUUAGUAAAGGAACUUCACUCCAGCCUUAUACACAUCACACAUACACAAACCCGAACAGGAACUCUCCGUGUAUUCAGAACUCUGGCCUCGCAUCAUCUAGUUCCAGUUUUAACAGCUCUUCUUGAAUUCCCACUACCCUGUGACCGGCACGUGCUGGAUAUCUGGAGAACAAUGGCUGGCGAGUCGAACCUUUCGCUGAGUAUAUUUGACUAUGUAUUGGAUUUAUCGCUGCGAUCUCUUCCAUACCAGGAAAAACCAAAACCUAAAAAUAAGAAGGAAACCAUCAGAAUAGCAACAGUACAACCUGUGGCGAUCACGUGUGGUUUGACAGAGAUGUUUCGUUCGGAGGAGACUGGGGACCUUGUUGUGGAGCAUUUUCCUCGUCUUUUCGCCAUGACCGUACUACGUCUAGGCACCUCAGUGGGACUUCUUCCUCCCGAGCCGCCACAGUCCGCAGGGAAGGACAAGCAAAAGGGACCAAAGGUGGAGCCCCUUGGCACGGCGGUAGAGUGUAUCAAAGAACUGAUCAUAAGAUGCAAGUACGACACGCUGAUGCAGUUGAUCGAGAAGGAAGAUGGCUGGAAGCUUUUUGAAGACGAGAAGACAUUUCCUGAUGGUGUUGUUGUCAUCGCACGGGCCUUAUGCCAAGCUGUUCCUCAGCAAGUUCCUAAAGUGGUUGAACAGUUGAACCCCACGCUCUCCAGUGUGUAUGAUGCACAAAGAAUCGUAGUGGCCGCAUUCUUUGCAGAGUUAAUUGAUCAGAAGUGCGGUGGUAAAGUAGCUGUUGUUGAAAUCCUCAUGAACAGCUUGUUGAGUCGACUGGUCGACUCGUCACAUGUUGUCCGCAAAUUCUGUAUCAGGGGACUGGGCAACAUUUCUAGCGUGGAAGACUCUCAGUUGGAAAAAUACUCAACCACAAUUUUAUCAGCCAUGAUGGCUGGUAUGGAUGACAAAGAUGAUUUGGAAGACGAGAUAACGCUGGAGGCCAUGUCCGGACUGGCUAAAAUUCUGGCUAAAUUGGACGAGAAUAAUGUGCGACAAAUACUCAUCAACAUUUGUCUUAGAAUCAGACCGUGCUUUGAGAAGGACAAGGAUGCAGUUCGGGCCGCGGCUUUCACCUUAUUUGGGAAGCUGUCUCGUUUUGGUGAUGGCCCGUCAAAAGCUCCGUUCCUGGAGCAAGUUCACACAAACUUGAUAAGUGUUCUUCUACAUUUGAAUGAAGAGGAUGAAGUCAUUAAGGCGUGUAAAGGUUGUCUGAGGUCAAUUGCUCCUCUUAUGGGCUCCGAGUCCGUAAAAAAGAUGUUCCAGAAGCACUUGUUAGAAGAAGGACAUCUUCAUUUUGGCGAGUUUAUGAACGACUUGUCAAGGUUAAUUAUUGUUGAUUUUCCAGAUAAAAUUAGUUUUUACGUUAUGGGCUGCGUUUCAUUCUACAAGAGUUCGCGAGAUGACAUCAAGGCAAAUGCCGCGCUAUUCACUGGUUUUAUUCUGGGUAACCUUCCUCAAGAAAGAAGGGACGAAGUAUCUAAAGAUCACGUGUGUGGAGCCCUGAUUCUUCUACUGAAAGAUCCUUCACCCCGAGUGAGAUGUAAAGCCGCUGAAGCAAUGAGCUUGCUCUACGACUAUUGAAACCAAAGAUAGGAACUAAGACAUGAAAUAUUUGAGUAUAAAAUAGAUGUAUUGAAAUUUAGGUACCUUUAUUCGACAGAAUUGUCCAAUAUUUGACGUGAUCAUAAAACAAUCAAUGCAAACUAAAUAAGUUAACUUCGUCAUUGUGAUCCGUAUACACAAGGUUAGGGUUGUUCAAAGGGUGGAUAACCUUAUCCACAGGAAAAAUGCAGUAGACAAGUGUUAACAAAACAAACCACGCUAUCCACUGGAUAGUGAUUUAUCCGGUGGAUAGCGUUUUCCACCUUUCGAACAACCCGGGCCGGGUUAACGCUGAAGAUAAUAUACACCAGGUUGGUAACGACAUCUUUGUUUCAUGCAGUAACCUACCUAUUAUCCGAGGUAAAGAGUUUUUUUUUUUCCCGUAUUUGUAUAGAUCAACAUUGAUCAGCAAAUUAUUUUGCACCAAAAAAGGCGUUCAUUAAAGUAGGUAGUCAGAUACAAGAACGCCAAUUUCGCGUAGCAUAUUUUGCUCGCACUAGGUAACUUUAAAAUUAAACAAAAUUUGAAUUCCCGGUGUAAACCGAGUUAUUGCGUGUUUUAUGUGUUUAAGAAGUUUUCGGUGGUUGAUAUGCAAUUUAAAUUACUUAGUUAUGUUUUUUUUUUUUUUUGGAAAGUUCUCUUUAUCAAAGAGUGAAUCGGUCUAUGCCUGUAUUUUUGUAGAAGUAUCUUUUAGUAACACGUAAAGAAAAGUACGAUCACUCUAAUCCUGGGGUAGUCAAAACCUCACAGCUCUUUUCGUGUUCAAGAGGCUUUUACUUUUAUCACAACUGUUCAGUUAAUCUGAACAGUAUUUGUUGCAACAGAAAACUUUAACUAUUCAUUUCAGUGUUUCGAGUUGGCUCGUGGCCAUGGCGAUGGCCGUUGGAACAUGUUAGAGAAUCCGGUUACGUUCUUACGGGAGCGAACUUACCCGGACGUAUUACACCACGUGUAAACAACAGAAUAACGGACCCUUUUCGGCGAUAUGACGGCCAUUUUGAAUUCUAUUGUUUCAAAUUGCUAUUAUGGGAUUCUCAGGGGCCAAACCCUUUGCUACUUUGCCCCUUAAGCAUCCCAUAAUAGCUAUUUGAAAGAGUAGAAUUCAAAAUGGCCGCCGUAUCGCCGAAAAGGUCCGUUCCUCUGGAGAGUCCAAUCUAGUGUAAACAAAUUAUAUGGGUUUUGAUUGGCCAAGCGAUGAAAAAUUAACACAAACAUGCUGAAAUGAUGUCAAACAGUGUGUUAUUUAAAUUAAAAGAGUACAUUCCUCUCUCUAAGACCGAUGCACGUGGGGGUAUUGUUUUUAUUAUUCUGCAAACUUAGCAGGGACGCAGGAAUUUUGAGUAGCUUAUUUUCAAGGGAUUACUAAAAAAAGUAAAAGGGUGAAAAUUAAUUUAAGUGUCAAAUGUUCAAUGUUGAAAGAGUGUCUGUAUGUAAAUUGAAUAAAGAAUUACUUAAAGAAACA